AUGGAUCCCGGACGAACACCCACGCCCGAAGAAAGACUUCGGCGACAAAGACAUUUGGUACAAAAGUUGAUUGACGAUGCGAAACAUAUUGGUGAAAUAUUAUCGCAAGAAAGACAAAAACUCAAGGACCUUGAAAUUUCACAUGCGGGCGAUCUCGAUAGCAAAAUCAAGCACCUGCGGAUAUCAGGAGAACCUCCAGACCUCGAAGACAUUCCCAUGAGGUCACCGACCAUACUCCCGUCGACUCAUACAGAAAUUGAAGGCGACAAUAGUGUCCAACUCGACUAUGCACCGGGUGAUACGCGAUUCAACCCCUAUUUUAUGGCGAAGUACGGGGCGCCCUCAACGGUUGACGCUCAAAAAAGACCACUGGCAGUGAUAUUCGAUAUUGACGUUCAAAGAUUUGUGGACCAAGAGUUGGAAUCUGGCGACGAUCUGUGGGAUCUCGUCAUUGUAUCGGGACUCCCUUCGACAGGCUUGUCCUGGAGUCUGAGUCCUCCCGUUGCCACCACCGUGGGAGAGUAUUUGUGUCGCCGUUGGCCGGACAUCUCGGAGCUCAUGAGACUGAUAAUUGAACGUUUAAGUGGAAACCCAACGCACAACAAACCCGUGGCCGAACAACAGUUGGCUACUUCUGUUCUAGUUGAUCCAAAAUCUCGUGACCCUGGGUCCAAGGUUAUGGUGCCUGCCAAAGUUGAGAAGACAGCCUUACCAUCCAGUGGUCGCGACGUCGCGACGGGCAUCAAAGACAAGCAGAAGAAAGGUUGGGUUGUGACAACUGGAAACCAAAGCAAAGCCUCAACGGAGACAAACACCUCAAAGAACCAUGACAAGUCAGCUCGAUUUGAACCUUGCUGGGAGCUACGACCAGCUGAGGAUCUUAUUGGUUUGACAGUCUCUGCAUUUCGAGAUACCGAGGCCAAAAAUCCUGCAGAGCUUCUGAUGUUCAUGUCUGGAUCAACGCCACAGCAGGCUGAUCUUGUGGAAGCUCUGGCAUGGCUAUCUGCGGUGCUCUGCAAUGUUCCAAAACAGAAGUUCCCCAACGCCUGCAGCGUUCAACUUCGGGAAAUUAUUCGGAGUGACCACACGGCCUUUCAAGUCUCUCUUUCGCAUCAGGGAAUGCAUCUGAGAGCAACUGGAGAUUGUUGGGCUUCAUUGUUUCCCAGCACACCUUGCACUGUUGGAUUUCCAGUAUGUGCUCCAUCAGACCGCGCCACUGGACUCGAUCUGUCGUUCGAGUUAAUGUGUACUCUUUGCGGCAUUGAGUACGAAGUCGUCGAGAACGGAGGCGUUGUUCUCUAUGGCCAACAAUCAGUAGUCUAUCCGGUUUUCAAAGAGAAUAACUGCGUGCAGUGGCACUUCAUACCAUGUCAGGACACCUCAAUCAUUAACCACGCGCAAUGGGGUCAGAGGCUAUUGUGUGAUGACCUGGAUCUACUUCGAAACAUGCGCAGGCAUCUCCUUGGGCUAUGGAAUCAGCCAGAGAUUACUCUGGGAUCUGAUUGCAUUGAUUUCUCCAACCCCAAGCUCAAAUAUUCCGGUGCGAAGCCAAUGAACAACCUACUCACCAAAGACAACAUUACCGUCGGUGGCGCUAUUUCCCUUCCAAAAGUAUUGACUCUGAAUGGCGCAUACAAUUUCAAAAUCGCGAAAACCCGCAGAAACCAGUACAUGAAGAACUUUGAAGGCAAUCUACACCGAAUGAUCAAUUCUCCGGUCAUUCUCUACAACCCUGUAGAGAAGCGAGCAUGGAUGGUAUCUUUUGUUAGUGUCGUCCUUCAUCUUGCACGAUAUAGAGCCUGGCUGCAGCGCGAGCUAGGAUUUCGAAUUCCAGGGUGUGUCGCCGCAGCCGACGGAGGACGUGCUGCCUUUGGAAGCAUCCGCGAGAAUUACAGAUCUCCGUUGAAGAUUCCCAUGGAGAACGAGGAGCUUAGCGAAGACGAGCGCAAUCUGACUAUCAGGGACUACAUAGAGGAUGUUCUAGCUUCGCUUGACGUUGCUCGGCGCGAAUCUUCAAGAACAAGAGGAAUCUUCCGGGAGAGAAUUCUGGGGUUCGAAUUUGCGGAUAUUGCGAAGAUGAAGGAAAAUAUGACCAUGAGAAGGUGUAAUUUCGAUGCAGUGGCUACUGGCUGGGCACCCCUACUGGAUGCCGUCAGCAUCGUGCUUUUCUAUGAUGGGCUAUCUGAUCCUAUCGUUCCAUCUACCCAGUCUCAACGGGCGUGGGAGAGGGCGGGCCAUUGUGGUCGGACAAUGUGGCGAAGGGUGCCCGAAGGUUACAAUAUCUUAGCCGCAUCCUUGCCAUGCCUGGACUACAUGAGCGAGCACCUCAACACGGGACCGAAUAUACGUCGCUUGAGCUAUGACUACUGUUGGCAUUCUCCAUGUCCAAGGCUGUUCGACCUGUGUGCGAGAACGCGACACCAUAUUUGCAACCGCCUUCAGGAGCUGAGACCGGAUGGUCCUGACGUUGUUGGCCCUAUUUUGUCAGACGAAAAUAGAAAAAACGCCGCCGUGGCUUUCAGGUUCUCCACUGACAUGCAGACAAUUCAAGACCAUAAUCCGCCAGGGGUGGGAUAUACUCCGACACCUCCAGGGACGCCUUCCAGGAUACCUCCAACACCGUUAGCAUCUCUACCGCCCGCAAUAAGGGACGGGGCCUCGCUCGAGCCACCUCUGGAUACUGUGGGGCUAGACCGUACUGAUACACGUCGCGAAGCACGAUUGGCAGAUGAACCGGUGGCUGCUGCCCGGACUGAGAGAGUACGAAUUGAGCCGGGAGGACAGUCACAUACGGAAAUGCGUCAUCCCGGCGCUUCUCGAAGAUCGCGAGGUCCAGCCCGAGAGCAACGGAGGGUAGAACGUCGAAGAACAGCCCGAAAUGGCAACAUAGGACAGAAGUCCCGCUCGGGCGGAUUUUGGCUAUUUGGAAAAUGA